CGAAGCAAGCUGCCAUGACCAGCCAGUCCCAGGGGAUCCACCAGCUUCUUCAGGCAGAAAAAAGGGCCAAGGACAAGCUAGAGGAAGCCAAGAAGAGUAAGUCUCCAUGCUGUCUGACCCAUGAGGGAUUUGUCACAAAAGGGAUCAGGAAAAGAGAAGCGACUGAAGCAAGCUAAAGAAGAAGCCAUGGCAGAAAUCGACCAGUACAGAAUGCAGAGAGAUAAGGAGUUUAGACUGAAACAAUCCAAGAUAAUGGGCUCUCAAAGUAAUGUCUCAGAAGAAAUAGAAGAGCAAACACUAGGGAAGAUAAAAGAACUGAAUGGAAGCUACAACAAAUACAUGGAAAGUGUGUUGAAACAGCUUUUGAACAUUGUUUGUGAUGUGAACCCGGAGAUCCAUGUAAACUACAGAGCCACCAACUAAACAUGCGCCCUACUCUUCAA